AUGGAUUCCGUUUCAUGCCCAACCGAGUCAGCUGCUCCCCGGCCCACCCGCCCACUUCCAGCAACCGCCGGCCUGACUGCUGCAGAGCGAGAACAAACAGCUUCCACCGGGUCUCCCGAUCUGGGUGGAACCUUGGUCUCGCACCCGCCUGACGCGCUGCCUGAGCUAUCGAGUGCGUCGGAGGAUGAAGAUGGAGCAGGCUCAGGCUCCAAGCGCCGCAAAGGAAACAGCAAACCCGCCGUCCCGCGGCGGCAAAUUAAAAUUGAAUAUAUACAAGACAAGAGUAGAAGAAACAUCACCUUUGGAAAAAGGAAGCAUGGAAUAUUCAAGAAGGCACUGGAGAUCUCGACUCUCACAGGAUGUGAGGUUAUGCUGGUCGUCGCGCCGAAAGACUCUGAGCUAAAUGCUUACACGUUUGCGACUCCCAGGCUAGCGCCCCUAAUCAAGGAACCUGCUGGCGAGGCCUACAUCCAAAACUGCCUGCGUUAUGGUGCUCUCAUGCCGGGUACUUCGUCCGGAAUGUCAGCAGCUUACGGGCCGAGCGGUCCCAUCAACCAAAGCCCACAUGUUGGCACACUUCGCAUGGGGCCAAGACCCACUCUAUCAUCCAACGCCAAUGCCAUAUCCUACAAUUCAUCUUAUGCAUACGUUCACAAUGGAGGAAUUGCUCGACGCACGCAACCGCCACAUGGGAUGCCACACCCGCUCUCCUUGUCUCCUCAGUCAUCGCCCCCAACAAACAUGACUAGCAAACAGACACCACAGUCAGCCGGUCUUCCGGAUCAAACGAGGCGGGAAGCUUCGGACUCUCCCGUUCAACAUCUAGGAAUUGCUCACCAUGCGGGCAAACAACAGCAAUGGUCACCCGGCCCAAACGUCUCCAAAAGUGAAUUCCCAUUAUCUCCUGCCGUCACUGCGCCCAACUCUGCCAUGGGCUCCUCUUCCCGUGAGAUCCCCGCGGAUUGGAUAGUGGCGAAUCCGAGAAGUCUUUUUCAAACAUCAUCUCCUCUAGGACCUACUCCGAUCUCCACUCGCGGCCUUUCCUCCUACCCUCUUUCUACCCCCACUGCAGGAAGCGGGAAUGGAUAUUCACACUUACCUCCGGACAGCAAUCCUUUUCAUAGACAGUCGUCCGACAGCUCCGUCAUCGCGACGCCAACCUGGCCUUCAGCAUCCCAAAACUCGCCUGGAAUUCGGACCUCCCCAGCCCAAAACCUUGGUGGAUCCUCAAAUGCCCCCACCAAUGACCCAAGGUUUCUCGAACCCUUGGUCCUUUCUCAACCCUACGAUUCUCGAGCUAUGGGUUCCAGCGAUGAAUAUAGUGCGGGCUCAAAUUAUCCUCACCCAAUUCCAUCCCUCAGUAUGCAAUCGUGCGUGCCUUACGGCGAAGGUGAGAAUUGUCGCGGUGCUAGUAUAUCAACGGCCUAUCUGCAGGAUCAAGACGGUUCCGGUCCUGAGACGGAAAACAAGCAUUACGUCUUAGAUAAUCCCGACCAUGGUUGGUCGACUGGACUUUAA